CAGGGUAGGCGGUGGGUGGUGCGCGUGUCCGUGUGCAGGUGAGCGGCAGUUGAGGAAGACAAGAGAACCCCCUACAGCAGAGUGUCAAAAAGCUGUCAGAUAUGACUUCAAUACAACUUUUACACUAAUAUGAUCUAAGAGGACAUCAAAUCCACCAUGGUACAAUUAGGAGUGUGCUGCGCCAGUCUCAAGGACAACAAAGCCCUGAUGAAGAUGGGGCUGGGGCUGGUGCUGGUGGGCCAUGUCAACUUUCUUCUUGGGGCUCUGGUGCACGGCGCCGUGCUCAGGCACAUCAACGUGGACUCUCAGGCCCGGACCAUGGUCUACGCCAUCUCUAAUGUCAUUGCCAUUGUGGCAGGCUUGAUGGGAAUUAUUGGUGGAAUAACGGCCAUUGUCCUGUCCAAAAACAAGAAGAACAGGAUCCUGCAGUGGGUCCUGUUGGUCUUCGGCUUCCUUGCUGGUCUCUUGGCAGUUGCCUCUGCCUUGAGCUUGUCAGUUUCUAUAGUAAAAGCCAUUAUUGAUAAAGGCAAGGGCCUGUUAACACACUGUAAGAGUCCUGAUCUGGGCUCCUCCAGCAUCACGUACGAAUGCCCCUUUGACCCCACCCGAAUCUAUGCGACCACAAUCAUUCUGUGGGUGCCUCUCAUCUUGAUGUCCAUUGUGGAAACGGUGUUCUCCUUCCGCUGCUUCGCUGCCUGCACUUCGUUCCUCUACCUCUGUCCGUGCAGGAGGAGGCCACUCCAAGCUAAGAGGGUGCGUAUCCAGAGAGGCAUUGAAACCCCAAUGCCAGCACCAGAUCCAGAGAUGGAUCCUGAAGCUGAAGCUGAGCCUGCAGAGCAGGAUGAGCUGCUGGAUGGGGACACUGCAGUGGAGCAGAGUGAAUGGCUCUGAAGCAGAUAAACCUAAUGAGAUAGGUUGCAAACUGCUGGGCUCAACUGGAUAAAACACAACCUCAUCUGUUGUUGUAUCACUUACCUGUUACACACUCAAUGGCUGAAGAAGACAUUUGUAGGACUUAAGCCAGCAAGAGCAAUGGUUUUUUAAUUCCCUCUACACCCAAAGGGUUUUUUUUAUCUGAUAAAAUACUGCUGUUGGUGUGAAGUCAUAUUUUGUUUGUAGUGAUGUUGUCUUGAAAAUACAGAUCUGUUGUCUAUA